UGCAUGAAAACAGUACGUCAACGUAACGGCGAGAACAGUUUGUAAGGAGACGUUACGCGCUACGUUAGGCUUGCUAGUAGAUGUCUAUAUUCAUACAAUCAGAGAGGAUAAUUUAGCUGGAUAGUUUAAACAAGAACUCUAGUAUUUCAGUAUAUUAUUACAGUACCAGUGUAAGAUAAAAUAAGCGACGGUGGACUUCAUACAGAAAAGAGCGUUACAUAUGACGCAGAAUUUUGACGUGGAUUUAACAUUAUAAAUAAAGGCUGUGCCUAGCCGUCGAGGGAUUGAAGCCAUAUAGGUUUUUGGCAGUGUUACACUAUGAUUUGUAUUGAAAAAAAGUUACAUCAAAGAGACUCAGAAAUAGGACGUUGAUAUUCUAUCAUAGUUUUAAAAUAACGUAAAAAACAACAGUUCGAAGCGUUUUGCUGUUUUGUUAGAUAGAAAAACGUCAUCGUCAUGAAGCAAUGCAUUCUUGCACCGAUUAUUCUGUUGUCUCUAGCAUUACGCCAAGUUUGGUGCCAUGGAGACCAUGGCGACGCUGAGCCACUGUUCCAGUGGACAACCAUCGACUACAACUGGAAAACAAAGGCUGAGCGCGAGCAGGCAAUAGCAAAGGGAAGGUAUAUCCCUCUACAAAACGCCAUCAACGGCAUACGUGUCUAUGAUAAUAAAAUAUUUGUGACUGUUCCGCGAUUCGGCGACGGCAUUCCGUCAACACUUAAUACAUUAGUGAACGCCAGACGACGGUUUCUCUCCAGUAGUACUGUUCUGAAACCGUACCCGAGUUGGGAAAUGCAGCAAGAAGGAAACUGCUCAGCAUUUCAAAAAGUGCAAAAUAUUGAGAUUGACCCAAAACGUGGAAUAAUGUUUGUGAUUGACACCGGUGGAAAGCGAUAUGGUUGCCCCGCAAAACUUGUGAUAUAUGACGUUAACAAAGAUGUGGAAAUUCACAGACAUAUGUUCCCAGAUGAUGUUGUGUCCAGAGGCACAAACUACCUGAACGAUCUUGUAAUGGAUUACGUUGAUGGACAAGUCGGGUAUCUGUACAUCACAAAUACUCGUGAUUAUACCAUUGUCGUGUACGAUGUCCUUAAUGACAACUCCUACUCAUUUAGCCAUCCUUCCAUGAACCCAGAGCCCGGUAAAACAGACGUCAAGGUAUUAAACAACAUUAUUCAAGUGAACAACGGUGUAAAUGGCAUUGCCAUAUCUUCAAACUUUGAAUACGUUUAUUACAGUCCCAUUGCUGGCACAGGACUGUAUCAAAUCCCUACACAAGUGCUGCGCAACUCUAGUUCAGACUUUGCAGCGCACGUUCGUAAAGUGGGUGACAAACCGUCACAAGGAGACGGUAUGAUUAUGAGCACCAAAAACAGUCUGUAUUUCUCCGUUCUCUCUAAGAACGCUGUGGCAAUGUGGGAGAUACAUAAGGACGUUCAGAAAUACGGCUCAGAGGGUGCAGUAAUGAUGGAUACUCUAACCUAUGAAGCUAACGACCCAUCAAUGGAAUGGGUCGACAGUUUAGCAUUAGAUCAGUCGGGGUAUCUAUGGUUUACAACCAGCAGACUUCAACUUUACUUCAACAACAAACUUUCAAAUGACACAAUAAACUUCAGAAUCUGGCGGGCUUUCGUCCAUGAGCCCAGCUACGCCUAUUUUGAUAUAAAUGGAACUUCAGGGUCAAUGCAUAAUCAUCAUCAUCAUAAUCAUGACACUGACCAUGACCACCAUGAUCACCAUGGACACGAUCACUACAGCUACCCCGGCGGUGCUGCUUCUACUUACAUUUCAUCCAUUUUGUUGUUAUCGACUUUGUUGUUAAACUCUUAUAUGUGCAAAUAUGUCUGAAAGAUAUACUCAAAAUCGUACUGGUGAUAUUGUUCCAUGUUAAGUGCUAUGUUUGCUUACUGAAAUUAAGCGUAUUGAGAUUCGCCAAAAGACUGUUGGUACGUUGGACAUAACAGUAAACUACCAAAUUGCUGAAGACGAUGUCACUACAAUCCAUUGGCAUUGAAAAAAAAAACGCUAUCUAGAAUAGUUGUGUAUUCAUAUUACUAUUACCAUAAAUCAGUUUAAUGUAAAUAAAAAAAACCUACCAAGAUCCUCAUGAAGAUAUUGUUUAAUGAUGAAAUUGACUGUCAUUAUUUUUGACAAUUACAAUCAGACCGCGGCAAGACUUAUACGCCCACCUUUGCUUUUUUCAUGAAUGUCAUUGUUGAUCGUAUAAGUAGCGCUUUACAAUGGGCCUCUAUAUCUCAUGGAAUAACGUCUGUCCUGUCACAAACUUUCUUGUUUAAAUUUUCAUCAUAUUUUCUUCGGCUUUUUUACAAAAAAUGGUUACAUUAAUUUUACAAAUUGCGGUUUUCUUAUUGAAUUUGCAAUGUGAUAUUUAGACAGGAGAAGGGGUCACGACAUGCAUAGUUUUCGGCUAACUUUUUUGUUUUUUAUUAAAAAAAUCACCAUACUUGCAUACCUGUAAGCAUGAUGCAAUGUUUAGUUUUAUAUUCAAGUUCUGAAUUGAAUAUUUAGUGUUAUAUUCAAGUUCUGAAUUUAAAUGCAUAUCACAAUAUAAAUAUAUCUAGCGGUUUUAAAGAAGAGAGCACACGAAGGUCAUUGGCUAACAUUUAAUUGACAUACCGAACGUUCCACUUAGAGCACGACAGCUUCAAGCGUUUAUCUCGAUGCAUGUUCGUAGACCACAGUUGGCAACUGUUUUCCUUGCGUGCCUGUCCAAAUGCAGUGACCAUCUGUAAUAAAACUCCAGUUAAACCGAGCCAGAUGCCGCCGCUGAGCACGUCAAGUAACGACCAAUUAGCGCUUUUUUGACGUGAACAUCAAUAUAAUGCGUACAGGCUAUUGUUGGUUGGCAAAAGAAAAUGUUUAAACGUGACGUUCUGAGCCAUGAUAAAACAGACAAUGCAACGCAUGUUGGUUGAAGAUGAUAUGUCCAUUAGUUUAAUUUAAAAAAAAGUUACUUUCGUCUGUUAAAUGUAAUGAAUUAUUCCCUUUGUAGGAACAAAUGUGAUACUUGUUAGUAAUUAUUUUGUUAUUUAAUUAUAUGCGUAUUUAUGGAAUGACUAACUUUGCACACACACCCAUAUGCACACGUCUAUUACAGUAAUUGCAUCGUAUUUUGUAAUUUUUCGCAAUGCUCAUUUAUAAUUUCUUUUAAUAAGAUGUUAUAAAAUGGUAUUUGACAAUAUUGUUUAUUCGAAAUUUUCAACACUUAUGGUUGAGAAAUUUGGAUUCUAUCAAAGUAUGAAAUGCCUUGAGAGGAAAUACAAUGUUGUUGAUAUUUAAUUCGUAUUAAAUGUAUGCAGUUCUAGAUAAAUGAAUUACAUGCAUCGACUGGAGUAAAAAACACGAACCACGAAGAAAAUGGCAGGUCCAUACUGAACUGAAAGCUGUUAUAUGUUUUGUUUGUUUUGAAUAUAGUCUUGCGUGAUGAUCUGUUUAUGUUAUUACAAGAAGUGUUUAUAUAUUCAUUACCAAUGCUCAUAAGGAUAAAGUAAGACUUUUAAUGAUUAGUUAUAAGUUAUAUAAUUUGUCGGCUUAAUUGCACAUGGCCAUAUUUCACGUUAUCGAAAAUAUUGAGAUACUGGAACCGAUAGAAUCGGCUUGCAAAAGUCUAUUCAAUGGCGUAUAUACUAUAUAUGUUGAGGUUGUAUAAAGGGUAAAUCAAAGUCAAAAAAGCCCUAGAUUUAACACCUUUGAAGCCCUUUAUCUCAAAACAGAAAUAAAAUGUCAACUUAUGGCCUUGUUGAAAUAAGCCGAUGAUUUGUCAUUUAUUAAAAUGUACUGUGAAAACUUAUUAAGACAAUUUUGCGACAUUCUUAAACUGUUAGUACCCUUUUCCGUUUAUUAGUAUCGUAAUUAGUUAUGGCCGUGUUGAAAUAAGCCGACGAAUUGUCAUUUACUAAAACGUACUGUGAAAACUUAUUAAGACAAUUUUGCGACAUUCUUCAACUGUUAGUACCAAUUUCCGUUUAUUAGAAUCAUAAUUAGUCAUAAUAAUACAUAGCCACCAAAACGGUAUGGUAAAAGGUACAUUUUUGGAUAGAAAUAUUUCUCUAACCACGAAACAUAAACCUAACAUUAUUUAUUUUUUCCGCAAAUACCUGUGGUGGGAGUUUCUCCAGGACAAGUUUAUUAAAAGGGGCAGAAAUCUUUCUGUCACAUUGACAACCCUCCUAAAACUAAUUUAGACAACUGUACAUAUUUUUUGGAAGGUGUUGAUGAAUGCGCAUCUUCAAGAAACAUUUGUUGUGGGAUGAUAAUUGAUUGGACACAUUAAAGUGGUAGUUGAAAUCUUCCCCGUAGCGGGAGACAUAGAAUGUUGACAUGACAGCAUACAAAUGUUUGCACUUUCUAAUGCAAUUAUUAUGUUAUUUGUUUAAUAUUUUCCUCAUGUUUUUAGUGUUUAAGGUAUUAUCGCUGUGUUGUUUAGUGAUUUUUUUUUUCAAAUGAUGUAAAUAUACAUUUCGAUGAUAGAAAAACCAUGUGCUAUGAAAUAAGUGAAUAAAUAAAUAAAUAGACAUUUCAACAAUA